AUGAACAAUUUGAAUAAAGCCAUAUUCAAUGGAGAUUUUGAUAAAUUUUCAUCAUCUGAUGAUGAUAUCAUCAUGAUACAACUAUUCGCAGCGCAACAACAAAGAAUACAGACGUUAAGCCUAAACCAACCAACCAUACGUAUUGGUUUCACAAGUGGUCGUCGAUACAUUAAUCGUGAGAGGGUCAAAGGCGACCGACAAAUUUGUAGAGAUUAUUUUACAGAUAAUCCUGUCUAUCCAGAAGAAUACUUCCAAAGACGUUUUCGAAUGAAGCGGUCAUUGUUUGUUAGUAUCUUACAUGAUAUUCAACAAGUGAAUGAGUACUUCAUUCAAACUUGUGAUGCCACUGGUGCUCUUGGAUUAUCCGGUAUACAGAAGAUAACUGCAGCACUUCGGAUCCUGCAAUACGGCGUGCCCGCUGAUGUUGUAGACAAGUACAUUAGAAUCGGCGAAAGUACUGCAAUUGCUGCCUUGAAUUUUUUUACCAAAUCAAUUGUUGCUACGUAUGAAGCCGUUUACUUAAGAACUCCAAAUGAAGCAGAUGUCGCCAGACUAUUGUAA